GUUCAUUCAGUUCACCAACACUAUUUGUUCGCUACGGUCGCGACCGUCGUGCAUCCUCGCUCACAUUUCCGUGGACAUCCGCGUUAAACUCUCCCGGCGACUCUCACGUAUCGUUCGAUUCCACGUACUUCAGCGAUUUCCCUUCUGUCGAAAGGAACGCGAGCGGAAUUCAGGAGUUUCGAAGUAUCGUCCGUAAAAAUCGUGUCUAUAACCGAGCUAAGAAACUUUGCGGAACGCCGUGAAUCGACGACCCGAUGAACGAUUAAGGAUCGCGAUUGAAAAAAUGGGAAAACAAUUCUAUCAGAGAUAAGGGGUGAUGAUACGAUGAAAGGUCCUCUUUUCGUUAACCGGGACGGUUACGCUGCGAAAUUAUCGUCCAAGUUCGAAGUUGCGGUUCGGAAACCAUUUCUGUUAGUGACUGGGGCCAGGGUAUGUCGUCUGAUUGAUCGAACGUGGAACAGAGAACGCGGGGGAGAUAAACAUAGAUACCGAAUCGAUUUUCAUAGAACAGAAAUUAAUUGAUGUUAAUUAAUAGCGGCGAUGUGAAUAAUCCGCUUCGCAGACGCGUUUACUGAGAUACAGACCGGGAAAGGUUUAUACCGCGAGAUUUAAUGGGAUAUUUAUCUCACGGUACGCUCAUUCGUAACUCGUGACUCAAGCUAUUCGAUUCUACGACGAAACGGGAACAUUCCACUAGUUUUAUAAGUAGCUGAUCUCUUGAUCCUUAUUUACUGUUCACAAAUCCCGCGGUAAAGUAUUUGAUUGUUAUCCCUACGGAAUUCGUCUUUGGAGAAGUUAGGAAACUGCCGGCUGAAUGAUUAAUCCGGGAAGAAAUAGCUAGGUUUAAUUCAGUCGAAACUAAAGUCGGAAGAAAGCGGGUGGUCGAGGUUGAUUAAAUUCGAAUGGACCGUCUCGAAAGGAAUGACGAGUACGUGGGUGAAAUGGAAAGCUUCGCGCGUCGCGGCUGGAACGACUAAUUACCGGUUCGGGUUAGAACCGAGUCACCGUUUUUCCGAUAACGAACGACGUCCGUUCGCGGCAGACAAGCGAACGACUCGCCCGUCACGAAGGAGCAGUUUAUAAUGUCACUGAAUACCGUCGCGUUAACGAAAGCCCGGAAGUUAAAGGAAAACGUAACCGGUGCUCGCGCGACAGUGUUACCCCUCAUGCAUUUUCUUCGGUUUCCCUGCGCGUGUUCGGGGUUCAGUACCGAUUUUCGAUCGUUGCGAUUCGCGAGAUGUUGCCCACCGUAUCCGGAAUCCCGCUCCACUUGAAUUCGUCGUACUACGAUACUGGGAACGACAGCUUGGACGCUCUAUCGGCGGAUAGAAGGCUCGGGAUGAAUGUUUCAGCGAACAAGUCCGAGAAUGCCACCGUCGAUCUCUACAUGCUGCCGGCUUACAUUCGCACCACGUCGAUGAUCGUGUGCAUCGUGGUGAUGGUCCUCGGCAUAAUUGGCAAUCUCAUGGUACCGUUGGUCGUGUUUCGAGGCAAGGAUAUGAGGAACAGCACCAACAUCUUUCUGGUGAACCUGAGCUUAGCCGAUCUGUGCGUUCUUCUCGUCUGCACGCCGACCGUCCUCGUCGAAGUUAACUCGGGACCUGAAAUCUGGCCCCUCGGCGAACAUAUGUGCAAGGCAGUGCCAUUCGUCGAGUUGACCGUGGCUCACGCUUCGGUCCUCACCAUCUUAGCGAUUAGCUUCGAACGAUAUUACGCGAUAUGCGAACCUUUGCGAGUCGGAUACAUGUGCACAAAGACCAGAGCGAUGUUCCUCUGCGUGGCUGCAUGGGUCGCUGCAGCGUUAUGCACGAGUCCCAUUUUACUGAUGGUCACCUACGAGGAUCAGGAAACGAACGGCGUUUUCAUCCCAACGUGCAACACGGUCGCGCACGAGUACUGGGCCAAGGGUGUCGUCCUCUUAACGAUACUCUUGUUCUUCGUCGUCCCGUUCCUGAUCCUGGUCGUCCUUUACACGGUGAUAGCGCUUCACCUGAUGACCAAUCCGACGAUCAGCCGCGGUUCGUCCAACAACUUGCUCAGGUAUCGCAAGCAGGUGAUGCUGAUGCUCGGCACGGUCGUGUUCUUCUUCUUCUUCUGCCUGCUACCGUUCAGAGCGUUCACGCUCUGGAUUCUGGUGGUCCCGUCCGCGGCGAUCUUGAGGAUGGGCGUCGAGACGUACUUCAGCCUGCUCUACUUCUGCCGGGUGAUGCUCUACCUGAAUUCGGCGAUCAACCCUCUGUUGUACAAUAUGAUGUCGACCAAAUUCAGGGAGGGCUUCCUAAGAUUGUGCGGCCUGGGACCUAACAGGAGGAAAAAGAAGAAAACUUCCGAGAAGACCGGCACUUACAACACAGGCUCGACCAACUGCAGCAGCAAUCACUCGGACUUUUGGAGGAGGCACAGCAGCAACAAGAGCAGCACCGCUAAAGUGCCACCUGGUAACGCGACCGUCGAGAAACCGACGAAGGUACCGCUUCGAACGACGCUCGUCGGUGGCAACGUCGUUAACGGCAGCCAGGAGAGUUACGUUUGAAGCGUGUAGGUAGGGGAACAUUUUUCAGACUGUGAUCUUUCGAAUCAUUCCGAGAUACCGUAACAGCGUAAAUACGCGAACGAUUCCGAGUUCCGUCUCCGCGGAGCGACGGUAAAGCCGUAGUAUUAUCAUAGACGUGUAUGUAUCUAGUACCGUUCGAUGUCGUUCCUUUGUUCAUAGAUAUUCGGAUUGAGAAUUUCCUCGAGGUAAGAUUAGUAACGAUCGCGUUUUACCGCGGAAGUAUUCGAACGAAGGGCGAGCCAGACCGUGUACAAUUACGACCGGAAUAGAAGUACGCAAAAGAUGAAGUGUAACGAUAGACAGAUGUGGGUUUAUUUUUAGAUACCGAACGGGAUCUCGAUUUUAUAGCUUUAGUUUAAGCGCCCGUCAUAAAUUUCCGUUGACGAAGUAGAGAGAGCUUGGAUCGUCGUAGAGUUACAAAUUGAUCUUUCCACGCAGAAUUUCAGUUCCUACAGACUUAUUAGAAGCGUAUACUUACCUGUGCCGAAGCAUGAGCGCAGUUUCAUCGUCCGAUGUUAAUUGUAAUUACGAGAAUAAUUGCGACUUCGUCAGAGAUCGACGACGAUAUUUUUUAAAUGAUUGGGCGCGGUUCUUUCACGCGAAUUCAUGGUAUAGGAGAGGCAACGAAACUAGUCUGCAGACGCAAGCUUUAU